UGACAAGGAGGCGUCGAGCGGCACCUCGGUGCAGAAGCCUGGGAGCUGCGGGUGGAGAGGUUUGGGAGGCGCGAGAGAUGUCCACCCUGGGCUGGUGGCGCCGCCGGGCGCCAGGCGCCAUGUGGGUGCGCUAGGCGGCUGUUCGCGCCCGAGGCUGCGCUGCACUGAGGUGAGCUUUGCCUUCUUGAUCUUCCAUCCUUCUUGGAGACGACUGGCGAGAGGAAGAGGGACUAGGUCCAAACGCUAGGUGGCUGGGUCCAGAGAGAGGCAGGAGAAUGGAGCAAACAAGAAGAGAGAGGCGACCACACACCACGCUGUCCCUGAGAGACGAAGAGAGUAACCUCCUCGGUUCCUGACUUUAAAGUUCUCAAUUCCAGCCCCCUUUUAAUGAGGUACCUGUGUUUUGACUCUCUUCCUGUGGAUAAAUGCUUGGUCUGAAGUUCCAGAAAGGAUCCUGUUCCCAGACAGCCGGAGACUCGCACUAAGGAGACCAUCGAGCCCUUGGUCCUUGAGCAGUGCCUGACCAUCAUCCCUGAAAAGCUCAAGCCUUGGGUGCGAGCAAAAAAGCCAGAGAACUGUGAGAAACCCAUCACUCUGCUGGAGAAUUACAAGGAGAUGUACCAACCGGAAGACGACAACAGCAGUGACAUGACCAGUGACGACGACAUGGCCCGGGACAGAGGAGAGUCCUCACCACCUCACUCAGUCCGUUCUUUCAGUGGUGACCGGGACUGGGACCGGAGGGGCAGAAGCAGAGACAUGGAGCCACGAGACCGCUGGUCCUACACCAGGAACCCAAGAAGCAGGAUGCCUCAGCGGGAUCUUUCCCUUCCUGUGAUGGCGAAAACAAGCUUUGAAAUGGAAAGAGAUGAUGACAGGGACUCCAGGGCUUACGAGUCCCGAUCUCAGGAUGCUGAAUCAUACCAAAAUGUGGUAGACCUCACUGAGGACAGGAAACCUCACAACACAAUCCAGGACAACAUGGAAAACUACAGGAAGCUGCUCUCCCUGGGAGUGCAGCUUGCUGAAGACGAUGGCCACUCCCACAUGACGCAGGGCCACUCAUCAAGAUCCAAGAGAAGUGCCUACCCAAGCACCAGUCGAGGUCUAAAAACUAUGCCUGAAGCCAAAAAAUCAACCCACCGGCGGGGGAUUUGUGAAGAUGAGUCUUCCCACGGAGUGAUAAUGGAAAAAUUCAUCAAGGAUGUGUCGCGCAGUUCCAAAUCGGGAAGAGCAAGGGAGUCAAGCGACCAGUCACAGAGAUUCCCCAGAAUGUCAGAUGCUAACUGGAAGGACGUUUCAUUGCACAAGAGGGAGUCAGUGAUCCAGCAGAGGGUUUAUGAAGGGAAUGCAUUUAGGGGAGGCUUUAGGUUUAAUUCAACCCUUGUUUCCAGAAAGAGAGUUCUGGAAAGAAAGAGGCGCUAUCAUUUUGACACGGAUGGGAAGGGCUCGAUUCAUGAUCAAAAAGGCUGUCCCAGGAAGAAGCCCUUUGAAUGUGGUAGUGAGAUGAGAAAAGCCGUGAGCAUGAGCAACCUGAGCAGCCUCAGCUCCCCAUCGUUUAGUGAGUCGCAGCCAAUUGAUUUUGGGGCAAUGCCAUAUGUAUGUGAUGAGUGUGGGAGGUCGUUCAGUGUCAUCUCAGAAUUUGUUGAGCACCAGAUCAUGCAUACUAGAGAGAACCUCUAUGAGUAUGGUGAGUCCUUUAUUCACAGUGUGGCUGUCAGUGAAGUUCAGAAAAGUCAGGUUGGAGGGAAACGUUUUGAAUGUAAGGACUGUGGAGAGACCUUCAAUAAGAGUGCCGCCUUGGCUGAACAUCGGAAAAUUCAUGCUAGAGAAUAUCCUGUGGAAUGUAAGAAUCAGGAGUGUGAGGAGGCCUUCAUGCCUAGCCCAACCUUUAGUGAGCUUCAGAAAAUAUAUGGCAAAGACAAAUUCUAUGAGUGCAGGGUGUGUAAGGAAACCUUCCUUCAUAGUUCUGCCCUGAUUGAGCACCAGAAAAUCCACUUUGGGGAUGACAAAGAUAAUGAGCGUGAACGUGAUCGUGAGCGCGGGGAAACCUUUAGGCCCAGCCCAACCCUUAAUGAGUUUCAGAAAAUGUACGGUAAAGAGAAAAUGUACGAAUGUAAGGUGUGUGGGGAGACUUUCCUUCAUAGCUCAUCCCUGAAAGAACAUCAGAAAAUCCAUACUAGAGGGAACCCAUUUGAAAAUAAGGGUAAGGUAUGUGAGGAAACCUUUAUUCCUGGUCAGUCCCUUAAAAGGCGUCAGAAGACUUACAAUAAGGAGAAGCUCUAUGACUUUACAGAUGGCCGGGAUGCCUUCAUGCAAAGUUCAGAGCUCAGUGAGCAUCAGAAAAUUCAUUCUCGAAAGAACCUCUUUGAAGGCAGAGGGUACGAGAAAUCUGUCAUUCAUAGUGGACCCUUCACUGAAUCUCAGAAGAGUCAUACUAUAACACGACCUCCUGAAAGUGAUGAGGAUGAGAAGGCAUUCACCAUUAGCUCUAACCCCUAUGAAAACCAGAAGAUUCCCACUAAGGAAAAUGUCUAUGAAAGGAAAUCAUAUGAGAGGUCUGUUAUUCAUAGCUUAGCCUCUGUGGAAGCUCAGAAAAGUCACAGUGUAGCGGGGCCCAGUAAACCAAAAGUAACAGCAGAGUCUACUAUUCAGAGCUUCGAUGCUAUCAACCAUCAGAGAGUUCGUGCUGGAGGGAACACGUCUGAAGGAAGGGAAUACAGUAGGUCUGUUAUCCAUAGCUUAGUGACUUCCAAACCUCCAAGAAGUCACAGUGGAAAUGAAUUGGUGGAAUCUAAUGAGAAGGGAGAAUGCUCCAUUUAUAUCUCAGACCUUAAUGAUAAGCGACAGAAGAUUCCUGCCAGAGAGAACCCUUGUGAAGGGGGCAGUAAGGAUCACAACUAUGGAGACUCUGUCAUACAGAGUGUAUCCCAUGCCAGACCUCAGAAAAGUGUUCCUGGAGAGGGAUCUGGUGAAUUUAAGAAGGAUGGUGAAUUCUCUGUUCCCAGCUCAAAUGUCCGUGAAUACCAGAAGGCUCGUGCUAAAAAGAAAUACAUUGAGCAUAGGAGCAAUGAGACCUCUGUAAUUCACUCUCUACCUUUUGGUGAACAAACAUUUCGCCCUCGAGGGAUGCUGUAUGAAUGUCAGGAGUGUGGGGAGUGCUUUGGGCGUAUCUCUGACCUCACUGAGCACCAGAAGAUUCAUGAUAGAGAGAAGCCCUCUGGAAGCAGAAACUACGAAUGGUCUGUCAUUCGCAGCCUGGCCCCUACUGACCCUCAAACAAGUUAUGCCCAAGAGCAGUAUGCUAAACAGCAAGCGUGGAACAAAUUUAAGGAAUUCAGACAAUUUUUUGCUACCAGCAAAGACCUGAACACAUACCAGAAAAUCUAUGACCAAGAGAAGUCUCAUGGUAAGGAGUCUCAAGGUGAGAAGAUCCGUGGGGAGGAGACCUAUAGCGAGGAGACCCACGGCGAGGAGACCUACGGCGAGGAGACCCAUGGUCAGGAGACAAUUGAAGACCCUGUCAUUCAAGGCUCAGACAUGGAAGACCUGCAGAAGGAUGACCCUGAUAACGCAAUCUAUGAAUGUGAGGACUGUGGCCUGGGCUUUGUGGAUCUCACAGACCUCACAGACCAUCAGAAAGUCCACAGCAGGAAGUGCCUGGUUGACAGUCGGGAGUACACACAUUCUGUAAUUCACACCCAUUCCGUCAGCGAGUAUCAGAGAGAUUACACUGGAGAGCAGCUGUAUGAAUGUCCAAAGUGUGGGGAAUCUUUUAUUCAUAGCUCAUUCCUUUUCGAGCAUCAGAGAAUCCAUGAACAAGACCAGUUGUAUUCCAUGAAGGGGUGUGAUGAUGGUUUUAUUGCCCUCUUGCCCAUGAAGCCACGGAGGAAUCGUGCCGCAGAGAGGAAUCCUGCUCUUGCUGGGUCGGCCAUUCGAUGCCUUUUGUGUGGACAAGGCUUCAUUCAUAGCUCUGCCCUUAAUGAGCAUAUGAGACUUCACAGGGAAGAUGAUUUACUGGAGCAGAGCCAGAUGGCUGAGGAAGCUAUCAUUCCAGGCUUAGCCCUCACUGAGUUUCAGAGAAGUCAGACCGAAGAGAGAGUCUUUGAAUGUGCAAUCUGUGGAGAGGCUUUCAUCAACCCAGCAGAACUUGCAGAUCAUGUAACUGUUCAUAAGAAUGAGCCUUAUGAGUAUGGGUCCACCUAUACUCACACCUCAUUUCUUACUGAGCCCCUCAAAGGAGCUAUACCAUUCUAUGAAUGCAAGGAUUGUGGAAAGUCCUUUAUUCAUAGCACAGUCCUCACUAAACAUAAGGAGCUUCAUCUGGAAGAUGAUGAUGAUGAUGAUGAAGCAGCAGCUGCAGCUGCAGCAGCAGCAGCCCAGGAAGUUGAAGCCAAUGUCCACGUUCCACAAGUAGUUCUGAGGAUUCAGGGGUCAAAUGUAGAGGCUGCCGAGCCGGAAGUGGAGGCUGCCGAGCCGGAAGUGGAGGCUGCCGAGCCAGAGGUGGAGGCGGCUGAGCCAAACGGAGAGGCUGAAGGGCCAGAUGGAGAGGCUGCAGAGCCCAAUGGAGAGGCUGAACAGCCGAAUGGAGAGGCCGAGCAGCCAAAUGGGGAUGCCGAUGAACCAGAUGGUGCAGGGAUUGAAGACCCAGAAGAAAGAGCUGAAGAGCCAGAGGGAGAUGCCGACGAGCCUGACGGUGUGGGAAUUGAAGACCCAGAAGAAGCUGAAGAUGAAGAGAUUCAGGUAGAAGAACCAUACUAUGAUUGCCAUGAAUGCACAGAAACCUUCACUUCCAGCACAGCAUUCGGUGAGCACCUGAAAACUCAUGCCAGCAUGAUCAUAUUUGAGCCUGCAAAUGCCUUUGGGGAGUGCUCAGGCUACAUCGAACAUGCCAGCACCAGCACAGGUGGUGCCAAUCAAGCUGAUGAGAAGUACUUCAAAUGUGACGUCUGUGGGCAGCUCUUUAGUGACCGCCUGUCCCUCGCCAGACACCAGAAUACCCACACUGGCUGAGGGCAUGGGGUAAAGGUUAGAAAACCUUCACCUAGGACUUGACCCUUACCAAACCACAGAGAAUUCAAACCAAUCCAUGAUAAUGUCAGUAGGAGACUUAACCUUAGUGUGUUACACACCUGACUUAACAUCUCCAAACUCAUAUUGAAAAGAGAAUGAAUGUGGAGAUUCCAGUCUUAAGCUUUCCCCUUCAGAUGACAGUGUCUGCAUGUGGGAAAGCCACAGCACACAUCUUACCUUUCCAAGUAACCAGAUUGAGAAAACCCUAUGAGUAUUCCAUACUACAAAGGUUGCCCAAACCAACUGUAAAUGACACUUGUGUAAUGUAUAUAUAGUGUUUCCUGAGGUGUAUAUAAAAUAGCAAAUUAUGGCAGAACAGUGAUCACAUAGAUUUGGAUUUAAUAUGAUAUACAGUUACAGUUUACAGAGGUACCUUACCUGGUACUCUGAAUUUUUUUUUUUUUUUGGAGGAGGAAGAGAGCAACAAAUUUGAAUAUAUUUGUAAGUGUCUUAGAUCCCAAGAAAGAUUUAUUGUGCAUUAUUUGAACCCUGUCAGUAUCUUUUUCGAGUAAUUGUUUUGUUUCUUACCCUUGAACAGUCUUGUGAAGGUGUGGGCAUGAUAGAUAACAUGUCUUUUACUCUUUGCUGUUUGAAAAGAGAAGUACUUUAGCUUCUUUCUGCAGCCAUUUCAUCUGCACCAUCACUUUGGAACCUAAUACUGUGUAAGGCUUUACAAUAUACGGAUUGACUUUUUGUGACCCAAAUUGAUUGGUUCCCACAUCGUUACGUUUGUUGAAGUGGUUGUCAUGCAAAAAUAUUACAAGUUUGUUUUCUGGAUUUUUUUUUUUUUUAAACCAACUCAGUAUGUGUUUGAUGAUAGUGAAUUGAUAAAACCCGAAGCUUUUCCCUGUAAAUCUUACAUCUUUGCCUUUAAAGAAUGGGUUACAACCAUCACUAGAUCACAGUAGUGCCUAAUGAAGGUUGAGAACCGUAGGAGAGGCUCUCAUGCUGUAAAUAAUGAUGCAGGCUAAUGACCUUUCAUCACUUCCUUUGUGCGCUUCCUGCCUUAAGUGACAAGUAGCAACAUGGCUUGGGUCCCCUUUGCAGCACCAGCCUAUGCUGCCACAAGUCAGUUUGCACCCUAGGUGCCCAGGAGCUAGUAUCCUUAGAUCUUUCUAUCGCUAACUUAAUUCUCUUCGUUAUUUAUCUGACCCUCUAACUCCAUGUCUAACUUGCAUUAAAAAAAAAAAAAAUUGCUUUCUUUACAGUCAACCCAAGCUUAACAUGGACUCAGGUUCCCCAGCAGCCUUAAUUUGUUUUGUUAACAUCUGUUCCUUCUUUUUCAGCUCUCCUAGAGUAUUUCUGAGUGUCGCGUUCAUCUAAUCUUAGUAUUCCUUUUAAUCACAAAUUGACCUCACAGCUUGAGGUUUCCUGUGUCCUAUUCUGUGGACUACCUGUGCUCCUUUGCUUCCCCUACCCUUGCAUAAUAACUAUAUUAAGAGAUUUUUUUUUUUUUUUUUUGGCCUUGAGUUGGCUGGAAAAAAAAAUUUAAAAUUUAAAAAAUUUAAAAAAAAAAGAUUUGCAAAAUGUAAGUGUAGAUCAUUUGAACAAGCAAAAUUAAAAUACCCACUGGGGGAAAUGUGUCUGAAUCUUACUCUUCUGGAUCUGCAGGAUUAGGGCUUGGAAGUAUGUCAAAGAUGCAGAGAGUGUCAACAUUUAGGAAGAUUGUAGAGCAGAGAGCUAGAAGCAGAAAUGAGUAAGCCAAAGAAGGGAGUCCUAAUGUAUCACCAGAUCUAGGAGGGGAGAGGAGACAGACAGAAGAAAACACCAGAGGCAAGAACUGUGGAAGUCCAGGUUGCUGAGAAGGAAUUGAGUGGGGUGUCCUGAGCAGUUUGGAAAAGGAGCCUUUGAUGGUAUGGUAUAGGUGAGAGCUAGCUGCAUAGGAAGACCUGAGGUUGGAACGGACAUCGGGAAAGCUGAGGGGCAGUGAGGUGUACUACAUGGGAAGAGGACUCUUGAAAUGAGAAUCAAUGUUGAUGUCGGGGUGAACUUUGUGGGUUCGUUACUUGGUGUUAACAUUGUUGGCAGUGGUAGACCCUUUUCAGAAAGCACCUUGCCAUAAGUAAGAGUGUCCGUUCCAACCUUAAGUUAGUGAAAAGGUAGUAACAAAUGGUAAACAAGAGAAUGAUUGCUUCAACCUAUCUGUGGACGCUUAAUGCAGCUGUUUAAAAAUGAUAAUCACGAGUUAUGUAGCAACGUGGAAAUAUAUUUACAGAAUAUUAAGUGGAGAGAACAGGACAUGAAAGUAUAUUUAUACUACAGUUAUAACUGUUUAAAAAUAUAUGCUUAUAGUCAAAAGCUGUUGUGGUGGUGUUGUAGGCUUAUAGUUGAGCAUUAUUUUCUUAAAUUUCUUGAAUGUUCUUUAUGGUAGUGUUACUAAAAAGUUUAUGAUCACAUUUCCAUUGUGAACAUAAUUUGAACUCAUUAUCACACACUUGGAAAUUACAGAAAAGUGGAGGAAAAAAAAUCAUAUUCCCACCAUCCAAAGACAGAUAUAGUCUCCUCUGUCUUGUUUAUGCUUGUUUCUGUGCACAGGUUUAUGAUUAUAACUGUGUCAAAAUGUAUAUUCAAAAUAGCUUGUUACGUUACCUUUGUGGAAUUAUGGUUAAAUACUUUCACCUUAAUUUUUUCAAAUGUUCCCUAUAAUAAUGUCCUGAUAACAGUGUAUUAUGUAUGUCUCCAUUGUGUGCAUAAUACAUACCCAGAGGAAAAAUUAGAAAAUACAGUAAAUUAUUUUAAAAAAUUACCUAUAUUCCCAACACCCAACAACUACUGCUAACAUCUUGAUCUAUUUCCUCCGUCUUGUUUCAGUGCACAAGUUUGUGAUUAUAACACUGUUAAAUAUGUGUGCAUAAAGUCUAAAAUGAAAAGAUGUGGAAAAUAGCUAAAAUAGUGUUGUCGUUGUGGGAACUUGGUUAAAUAUUUUGUCUCAAAUUCCUUAAAUAAUCUUUGGUGUCGUGGUAAUAAAUUUUAUGUAUGUAUUUUUCCAUUACAAAUAUAAUACAUACUCAUAGAAAAGUUUGGAAAUUCAGUAAAGAAAAUUCACUCAUAUUCCCAACACCCAACAACAAUUACUGUUAACAUCUUGAUCUGUGCACUAGUCUGUGAUUAUUAGGGUGUUAAUGAUAAGUAUGCAUAAGUGUCAAAGAUGGGAAGAAAGAUGGAAAACAAGAAAUAGUUGUGUAGUUGUUGUGGGAUUAUGGUUAUUUUGUCUCGGUUUUCUUGAAAGGUCUUCAUCAUUCUAGUGUUCUGGUAGUCCGCCUUUAUUACAUAUAUUUCCAUUAUAUAUGAAAUAUGUGUUCAUUAUAGAAACUUCGAAGUUACAGAAAUGUAGAAGAGAACCUCACCCAUGAUUUCACCAUCCAAAGACUGUGGUUAACAUCUUGAUAUAUUUUCUUCAUCUUGUUUCUGUGCACAGGUUUUUGGUUUGUUAAUAUGGUUGUGGUCGUUCUAUCUAUCUGUAAUAGUGUCAACAAUAAAAAUAAAGUUAAAAAUAAAUAUU